AUGAAGUACCUCAACACCUGCCAAGUCAUUACCCAGAUGAAAACGUCUGACAUCACUGAUCUGCAAGUACAAACAGUGAGACGGGGAGAUCAAGUGACAGUAAAAUGUGAACAAAAAGCAGCCAAAGACGAUUUAGUUUGGUAUCAACAGAGUUUAGGAAAACUGCCUCAGUACGUUGUGAGAAAAGCUGAGAUUAAAGCAAACUCACCACAAGAAUCUAAACCAGAAGUAAAGCACAGAUUUAGUCGAGCAUUUAAUAACAGCCGCUUCACUGUGGAUGAAGAGACGUUUGAUCUCAGCAUUAAUGGAGUUAAAGAAGAAGAUAUAGGAAUAUAUUUCUGUGGAAAAGCAAAAUCAGCUGCUUUAGAGUUUAUAUCUGGAACCUUUUUGCUGUUUGCAGAUGAUAAGACUGACCAUCAUCCUCCACCUGAAUCUGCUAACAAGAAUGAAGAACCUGUUAAACUCCUGUGUUCAGUACAAGCAGUUACUCUGAACUGUUCAGGAGAACACAGUUUGUACUGGAUCAGACAUGGAUCAGGAGAAUCUCAUCCAGGAAUCAUCUACAUUCAUCCACACACCAGAGAUGAGUGUGAGAAAAGCUCUGAGACUGAUUCUCCUACACAGAGCUGUGUCUACAAACUCCCCAAGAGAAACCUCAGCCUCUCUGAUGCUGGAACUCACUACUGUGCUGUGGCUGCAUGUGAACAUGAAGGUGAAUCUAGAGGAAAAGAAAACAACACCUGGAUUAUUGUUGCUUUGACAACAUCCAAUAUGGCAUCUCUUAUUGUGAUGAUUCUUCUCGGUGGACUGUUAUGUAAGAAACAACAAAAAGGUUCUGUCAGUGGUCGCCCAGGAAGCCCCAAAAAUGAGGUUGAGGAUACAGAUGCCUUGAACUAUGUGACUUUGAAAUUUGCACAGAAACCUCCGUCCAGAGCCUCCAGAGUCAAGGAGAGUCAAGAUAUUUAUUCACAGGUUAAAGAGAAAGCAGACAGUGAGGAGGUCUUCAGAGCUCUGCUGCGCUGCAUUGAGAGAAGCCAGGCGGAGCUGCUUGAGGUGAUGGAGGAGAAGCAGAAAGCAGCAGAGAGGCAGGCUGAAGAGUUCAUUAAAGAGCUGGAGCAGGAAAUCACUGAGCUAAAGAGGAGAGACACUGAGCUGGAGCAGCUCUCCCACACUGAGGACCACCUCCACCUCCUACAGGUUUACCCGUCCCUCUGCAGCUGUCCACACACCAAGAACUGGACUGACGUCAGGAUUAACACUCAUCUGAGGGUGGAGACUCUGAGGAGAGCUCUGACUCAGCUUCAGGAAGAGCUCAGUAAGGAGAUGGAGAAGUUUGUGGAGAUUGAACUAAAAGCAGUUCAGCAAUAUGCAGUUGAUGUGACUCUGGAUCCUGAUACAGCAAAUCCCCACCUCAUUCUGUCUGAUGAUGGGAAACAAGUGACAGAUGGAGACACAGAGCAGAAUCUUCCUGACAACCCAGAGAGGUUUGAUUAUUGUGUCAAUGUGCUGGGAAAGGAGGGGUUCUCCUCAGGGAGGUUUUACUGUGAGGUUCAGGUCAGCGGGAAGACUGAGUGGGCAUUAGGAGUGUCCACAGAGUCCAGUAACAGGAAGGGAGAGAUUACACUGAGUCCUGAGGAUGGAUACUGGACUGUGUGGCUGAGAAAUGAGACUAAAUAUGAGGCUCUGGAAUCUCCUUCUGUCCCCCUCUCCUUGAAACAGGCUCCCCAGAAGGUGGGGGUGUUUGUGGAUUAUGAGGAGGGUCUGGUCUCCUUCUAUGAUGUUGAGGCCAGGUCUCAUAUCUACUCUUUCACUGGUCAGUCUUUCACUGAGAAACUCUAUCCAUAUUUCAGUCCCUGUGGCAAUUAUGGAGGUGAAAACUCAGCACCGCUGAUCAUCACACCUGUUGAUCAUGAUAAAUGAGGCUCUUCUCUACAGUAAAACACUUCACUGAGUCAGAGGAAACUUUGUACUCUGACAUUUCAGAGCAUGAAUAAAAGCAUAUUUUAUUAAACAAAUCUUAACAUAGUGUAUUGUAUUAAUGAAUGAAUGAACAAAUAAGAAUAUAAUAAAUAAAUGAAUCAGUAGCUUUAACUGAUUACUUUGUGUUAAAGGAGCCUCAAAUUAUUAUUUUAUUAUAUAAUUUAAAAAGAUGAUUUAACCGAGCCGCCAGUCUCGUAUGUGUCGUCUCAAAGCCUUCCUGAUUACACUGUAAACUCUGUGGCUCUGCAUCCCUUUAAUGUGCACACAGUAAUUUUGUCUUUGUGCCAUUUUCAAUCUAAUAAAUAUCAAACAGAAUUUAAUAAUCACUGCUUUCUGUUUUUAUUAGUAUUUCACAUACUGUCUGGAACUGUGUUUGUACCUGAUUUAAAACUGA